UCCAGAUGACAAGUUACCAGGUUUUCCGCAGCCCAAAUAUUUCAAAGUGUUAGAAUAAGAAAAUUUCACUCUUUCCUCGCCAAAGAAACUUGAUUUCAGUAUGCUUAUCAAAGUGAAGACUUUAACAGGAAAAGAGAUUGAGAUUGACAUUGAGCCUACAGACAAGGUUGAAAGAAUAAAAGAGAGAGUUGAAGAAAAGGAAGGAAUCCCUCCUCCACAGCAAAGGUUAAUAUUUAGUGGAAAGCAAAUGAAUGAUGACAAAACUGCAGCAGAUUACAAGAUCCAGGGUGGAUCUGUUCUUCAUCUUGUACUGGCCUUAAGAGGAGGGCUGUUGUAAUAGUAGAAUAACAAUAAUCAUCAGUUUAGUAAUUAGAAAAUAUGUUUUGUUCAAUGUUUUUUGGGAAGCAGUCUUAAUUGUACUCUAUCAUAGUUUUCCUUCUUUUCAGUGUGAUAAAAAUGUAAAAUACAUGCUGUUUUUGUAACCUU